CUGCAGAAUUAGCGACUUCCUUGACGAUUCAAUGACCACAAUCUUUGAUAAUAGUCGCCACCAAAAGGUUCUAUAAGGCGGCAAAGAUGGCUUGGAAAUGCGCCUUCUUCUCAACAGAGUGUACACCUCUAAGAAAGCAUCAGGAGUUUCUGCUAUACUCCACGACCUCAUAGACCAACUUGUUAUCAUUCAAGGUUUAUCUUUGCGCUAAAGAAUGCGCUCCUUGCUUACUAUCAAGGCCGCCGUAGCCUUUUAUCUCGGUGGGUAUGGAGUACUCGCCGAAAAUUGGGAGGGUGUUCCUACCGUCGGCAAAACGGUGGACGGUACCAAAUACAUUGGAUGUCCGGUUGAGAUUCCUGGACGUGUUCUAACUGGACCUUCAUACUCCAACGAUUCCAUGACAAUUGAGUCAUGCGCAGCAUACUGUGUCAAAAACAAUCUACCGCUAUUUGGUGUUGAGUACGGCCGUGAAUGUUAUUGUGGCAGGUAUAUUCCUCCCAAUGUCAUCAUGCCAGGAAAACCUUCGGACUGCAAUAUGAACUGCAAGAAUAAUAAAGCAAGUUCUACUAAGCAGUUGUGUGGUGGCCCAAGCCGCAUGUCUGUUUUCAACAUGACGACGUUUAAUGCACCUGGUGCGCUCAAAACCAGCACAGAUUGGACUUACAAAAGCUGCUUCAUGGAGCCGCAAUGGGGCCGCGCCUUGUCAAAUCUCGUCAAGGCGGACGAUAGAUUGACCAUCAACAUGUGUCUUGAUGCCUGCAAGAGCGCCAACUACAAGUUUGCUGGUUUGGAGUAUGGUCGUGAGUGUUGGUGCGGCAAUACAAUGGCUGAUGGACUCGAGGAUGCCAGCGAUCCUGCUUGCGUCAUGCAGUGCGAUAUGGUUUGUGGUGGUAAUAGUUCUCAGAUAUGUGGUGGACGGGCUACCAUCAGCAUGUAUGCGCGUACCAAUUCGAAGCGGCACGUUACUCAUGAGGAUGAGGUCCAUGAGAAUCAUCAUACUCCAGCUAAGGAAUUCAUCGAAGUUGCUGCAAGAAAGGGUCGCUUCCUAAGGAUUCGCCGUCCUUCGGUUAGACGGCAACAGCUGAAUCAAGAGGAGUAGUGAUAGGAGUGGCAAUAAUGGUACAAUCCAGCACUUGCAUCAUCGCCAGGGAAUCAUGUAUUUCUCCUCUCCC